AUUUAAAGGAACAAGAACCCCUCGGGCCCCAUACCAGCACGGUGCGGGGUCGGGGGCAGAAUUGCAGAGUCAGCCGCUUGCGCACACACUCGCUGACACAAUGGUAUCCAAAGUUCUCUUGUCCACUGGAAUAGCUGUGCUAGGGUGGCUCACAAUUAGCAAACUCCGCCGAGCAAGCCGGAGCGGGCAGCGGCGGGCGCGGAAGGUCCGGCGGCCGGAAGCAUUGCAGUCCUCGGAGCCUGACGAAAUCUCGGUGGUGUGCUACAACCUGCUUGCCGACGUGUAUGCCACGCCCAAGCGCUACCCCUACGUGCGGCCCGAGUGGCUGGCGUGGCCGCACCGUUGGGCGGCGCUGCAGCAGCAGCUGGCCAGCUUCGGAGCCGACGUCAUCUGCCUGCAGGAGGUGGAGCCGGCCAGGUGGCAGGAGAUUGUGUCCAGUCCUGCCCUGGCGGGGUACACGGGUCUGCUGCAGGACCGCGGGCGCGGCUCCGACGCCGCCCCUGUAAUCACCAACGCGCUGCUGUGGCGGCCCGACAAGCUGGGCCUGGUGUGGAGCGAGAGCCGCAGCCGGGCGUUGCUGGCGGCCUUCGUCUUCUGGGACGGGGUGGGGCAGCAGCAGCUGUUGUAUGUUGCCAACCUGCACUUGGAGGGCUCGCCCUACCGCCCCAACGACCGCAUCAGCCAGACACGCUCAGCGUUGCAGCGGCUGGAGGCGCACCAACUGUCGCACGGGCUGAGCCCCGGCGACGCGGCGGUGGUGGUGUGCGGCGACUUCAACAGCGGGCGGCACGAGACCGUGUGCAGCUUCCUACACAGGGGGCGGUUGGAGGGCGGCACCACGGAACCCCACCUGCCGCAAGUGGAGGUGACCAAGACCACCAUCGCGCACCCCUACGCGCUCCACGAGGCCUACAGCAGUGGCGGCGUGGAGCUGCCCUUCACGCGAAAGCACGUGUGCCGUACGCCGCUGCUGCUGCGCCUGAUGGAGGCGGUGUGGCACCGGCCCUGGGCGGGCGGGGGUGCCGCGGCGGCGGCGGCGGCAGCUGGCGGGCGUUGGUGGCUGCGGCGGCGGGGGAGACGCAUUUGCGCCUGGCGCGGGCCGCGGGUUCCCUCCCUGGCCUCCAGCCUGGACUUCAUCUGGGCCAGCUGCAACCUGGAGGUGACGGCGCUGUACGUGCCGGUGGAGGCGCGGCACCAGGGCCUCAUCGCGCACCAGGCGCUGCCCAAUCAGCACUACCCCUCGGACCACCUGCCCAUCGGCGCCGUGUUGAAGCUCAAACACUUUUACGUGGAGGCGUUCGGGGACGCGCACCCGCCGCAGCCACCAGCGCCCGGGGACCCGCCGCAGGCCAUCCAGGACUUCGAAGGGCUGUAGCAGCGGGAAGAGGUUAGCCAGGGGGUAGCGGCAUGGUGUGGGAGGGCGCAGCUGCAGGCUGCAGCUGCAGAGACAUAAUCCGGGACCGGGUGCCGCGGGGGUGUGGCCGCAGCAGCGGGAUGGGUGCGAAGGGCCUUGGUAUGGAUCACUGAUUGGUGCUGGGAUUACUGGGAUGAAUUGCUACUACCGCAUUUGCGCAUGUUGCAAUGCACGGUGUCGAAACCUUACACACGUGUGCAUGGACGCACACCCGGGACGGCCGUGCUGGCGGGCCCACACCUGCCGCCUGUGGGGGUCUGCCGCGUCACCACGUGGCGGGGGGCGCAGGCGCCCCCCCCCCCCAAAGCGGCGGCCUGCAGCGCGCAGGCUGCACGACAACACGUCGCAAUGAGCUGAGCGCUGACUAGCGUGCGCUGCAGGUGGUGGCUAGGAGGUGCCGUUUUGUCGUUACAGGCGUCUGUUGUUGGCGACGGUGCCGCAGUGAGGAUGACUACGCGUGUCGACCGCUUGAAUUUAAGGAAAUUGAAUGUCUUUUGGGGGUGGUGGCGGGGGGGCCAGAGUGGCAGACGGGAGCGAAGAUGUACUUAGGAUUGGGUGCAGGCGGAGACGGAUGCUGUUACGGCAUGGUGCGGACCCGCUCACAGGGCCCUGGGCGCGCGCCCCAUCCCCGCAUGUGGCGAGCGGCGGUGGCGGGUGUACGGACUGGUCUGUGCUGAGCUGUGCUGAUGUGCAGGCUAAGGACUACCUCUGGGGCGCAACUGUCUGCGGGAGGUGAUGGUUCGCCAUCUUGCCUGGGGGCAAUCUAGGGUGACGCCCCGCGGGUGCACCCACGCACGGCAAGACACGCCUGUGUGCUGGAAGGCGGCCAAUGCGGUAAUGCGAUGCUUUGGUGCAGUUGGGGCAUCGGGACGGGUCCGCCGGGAAGCUCAGGCCGGCAGGUGUAGCCGUGUGGAGGAGAGGAUGCUGUGUGUGCGCAAGGCCCAUGCUGGUGUUCCCGGUGCCGCAGGCCGCCGCACCAGUAGCAUCUGUGGUCAGUGGGCCCUGCCUUGGGCCCAGGCUGCAGGGAGCCACGCAGGAAGCCCAGAUUGCAAGAGGCUGGGCGCUGCAUGUCUGAGUAACAGGAUUUCUGA